AAAAGACAUGCGCCUAUGAAUUUAUUUAUGAGAAACCGUCUAAACUAAAUUAUUUUGCACUAAAUAAUAUUUAAGGCAGCUUUGCUUAAACCACAGGAAAGCAGCCCACUCCUGGAGAAAUCAAGACUGUCACCAUGGUUGCCACAAGCACAUUAAAGACCAAAAGCAGCGACUGCAUAUCGGAUUUGGUUGAGCGAAGAUAUGACCAGGCUUGCAUUGAGAAAGAACUGGAUUUCUGGGAUCACUGCUUGGCUGAGCCCCAGAGGAGUGCAGAUGUCUCUGAAGACAGAACCUGUCAACAGCUGGCCAAGAUGUUUGAGAACUGCCUGUCACGAGCCAAGAAGACAACGCUGCACUGCUCCUCUGUGCUGGUACCCGAGAAGCUCACGCGGAGGAUAGCUCGGGAAGUCCUGCGUCUGGCGUCUUGUGAGCCGUGCGGCCUGCGUGGCUGCGUCCUUUAUAUCCACCUGGAGCUGGACAAGGGCUGCAAGAGGCUGGAGCGCAUCGUGUACGACGCCGCUGUGGUGCCCACGUUUGAACUGACACUUGUGUUUAAGCAGGAUGGCACAGCCUGGCCCAGUCUGCGGGACUUCCUCUUUAUGGGAACCUGCUUUGCCCCAUCUUUCAGACAUGUACUUAAACUGAGUCCAGGUUUCCGACUCGUCAAGAAAAAACUGUACUCCUCCUCGGCUGGUACCGUGGUAGAGGAGUGCUGAACUUUGAGGGAGAUUAGAGUGGGAUAAUGGGUUUCCUGUGGGUAAAUGCACUUCUGCCCCAAUGUAAAAGACACAUUUUCUACAGUGUUUUUGUAAUACAGUUUGUCAGUUUAUCUAAUAGCAGCCAGUCAGUUCCUGAGUGACUGUUUGAAACUUGGGAUACAAAGUUGAAAGCUUAUGCAUAAAUGAGCCUGAUAGUUCUGGUUUGGCUUCAGUGUUUCUAAGUGCUUUUUUUUUUAUCAGCAAAAUUGUAAUGUUCUGGAUGUUUUGUUUUCUAAUAAGAGCAUUUGUUGUCCAGACACAAUUUUAAAUUGUACAUUUUGCAAAUGAAUGUAAAACUGUUAAUGUUUGAGAGGGACAUGCAUACCAUGGGUACACUUUUGUGUACACUUUUUUCACUAGCCACUUUGUUGAUGCAUCUGCGUGUUUCCAGAUACAUUGAAUGUGUUCAGCAACAGUAAACACUCCUAGGCUUGAAUAAGAGACUGAAAUUUAGGCAGUCUUUUGGGGGCCAUAUGUAGCUAGUUGUGUUUUGUGCUGUAUUUAGGGCUGCAGAUAUUUAAGCCACUGAAUGUCUUGUAAAGAUGCUGCUGUCACGGUGUGGGCUUCUCACACUUAGGGAAUGUGGAUGCCUUAAACGUCAUAUCGUAAGUGUUUGGUUUGUUUGUUUUCCUCCACUCAGAUCACCGCUAUUUGUAAGUUUUAGUGUCAGUUUUUUUUUUAUUCCUUUUUUUUAACGCCCCUCCUUUCCGCUAGACACACCUUUUCAAUGCAGAGCCUUUAUAGAUUAAUAAAAGGAUGGAUCACUCAAAUGUGAAAGCUUAUCUGUUUUUGUCAUUUGAUAACAGGGAGGUGCAAUGAAAUUACUGGAGGUCCAGCUGGGUUUUUUUUUUUUUUUUUUGGUGAAUUCCCUAGUUUGCAAACUUUUGUAUGCCAUUUGAACUCUAUUGAAACUCGUCCUUGUCUAUUAGACAAUAAAA